AUGUUCAACCAUUUGCACAGGGAAUAUGAGCUUACCGUCAGGCAGGAGCCAAAACAAGCCCGUAUGUGUGGUGUAGGAGCUGACCGACGUCCAAUCGACCCUCCUCCUAUCAUUCAACUUCGUGUUAAUGACCCACAAACUCGUCAACCUCCUCCUCCAGCUCACCUAGAUGGCGAUGAUUCAGACCCAAGCAGCGCUCACAGCUUCCUUCAAAACCCUUAUUACUUCAUGUUUGCAACUCUGGCAAAACCCGACGACGACACCGAACUACACUUGCUAAAGGAUGGGAAAACACGGUGCACAACAGGUUCAGUUGUCUCGUCCUUCCACCACCUCAAAGACGCCGAACAUCAGAAUGAAGAUGCUGGUUUCUUUGUUUUCCCCGAUCUAAGCGUUAGAAUCGAGGGUUCUCAUCGUUUGAAGCUCAGCCUCUUCGAAGUCAUCGGCGACACUGUCCGCCAUUGUAAAUCGAUAUACUCAGCGCCAUUUUUUGUUUACACUGCAAAAAAAUUCCCUGGUAUGGAAGAGUCCACACCACUUUCAUGUUCGCUAGCCACCCAAGGCAUAAAGAUCCGGAUCCGCAAAGACAUUCGUACUCGCAAGCGUCCAAUUGCUGCACUCGCUGCUCCAAUCGAUACCGUGAACAACAAUAAUGAAGAAAAUGAAAAAUGA